CAAACUUUGUUCUUUUAUUAUCCCUUUUUUAUUUGUUCAUAUUUGUGUGCUUAUUGUUGGAUUUUCUUAGAGUUAGCAUGUAGGUUUAUAUUUGAAUCUUUCAGUUCUAGUUAUUACUCUUUCUUGUUUUCUUUUGAGUUUCUAAAAAAACAAAAAAAAUUGUCACUUGGGUUGAUGCCAAACAAGGAAGAAACCAUCGAAUUUAGUUCUUUUCUUGUUAAUCUUCCUUAAGUUUAAUCAGCUUUUUCUAGGAAUAUUUGGAUCUAUUGUGUUUUUUUGGAUCUAUGAGAUCUCUGAUGCAAUCUUAGGGACUACUCUUUAAUUGCUUGUUCUAACAAAAUAUGAUGAAAGAUUUGUUGUUUCAUCAACAUCAGCAGCAGCAGCAGCAACAAGUUUUGGAGGAGAACAUGUCUAACUUGACUUCUGCAUCAGGUGAAGCCAGUGUUUCCUCAGGCCAAUACUUUGCUCCACCACCACAACAAUCUCAACCUCAGCCACCUUUGGCCAAGAAGAAAAGAAACCUCCCUGGAAACCCAGACCCAGAUGCAGAAGUGAUAUCUUUGUCUCCUAAAACACUUUUAGCAACAAACAGAUUCGUGUGUGAGAUCUGCAAAAAAGGGUUUCAAAGAGACCAGAAUCUGCAGCUUCACAGAAGGGGGCAUAAUUUGCCAUGGAAGCUGAAGCAGAGAACAAACAAAGAGGUCAUAAGGAAGAAGGUGUAUGUGUGUCCAGAACCAAGCUGUGUGCACCAUGACCCAUCAAGGGCUCUUGGUGACUUGACUGGAAUCAAGAAACACUUUUGCAGAAAACAUGGUGAGAAGAAGUGGAAAUGUGAGAAGUGCUCAAAGAAGUAUGCAGUUCAAUCAGAUUGGAAAGCUCACUCCAAGACCUGCGGUACUAGGGAAUAUAGAUGUGACUGUGGCACCCUCUUCUCAAGGAGGGAUAGUUUCAUAACCCACAGAGCAUUCUGUGAUGCUUUAGCGGAGGAGAGUGCAAGAGGUAACCCACUCCUCUCUACCCAACCUGGCUCAUCCUCGUCAACUCAAUUCAAUCCGCAAGCAUUUUCAGUUCUCAAGAAAGAGCAACAGAGUAGUUUCAAUCUCCUAGGGCCAGAAAUACCACCGUGGCUUGCUCCCCAGCCAAUCCUAGGAGCUGGUCCUGGCCCACCACCCCCACCCCCACCACUUGAUCAUCUCUCAUCUUCAUCAUCGGCCUCGAUCUUCUCCACCACAAGAUUAGAUCAUCAAUUCAACCAUCACGAUUUAUCAAACCCUAACCCUAGUCUUGGUGGUCCUACACUGCCUCCCUACCAUCCAACUGUACCCUCCCACCCUCACAUGUCAGCCACUGCAUUGCUGCAGAAAGCAGCCCAGAUGGGUGCAACCAUGAGCAGCAACACUGGCUCAACCUCAGCACUCAGACCCCACCAACAGCCUUACGUGUCUGUUGAAUCUGCUGGGAGAAACAACAGUACUACUCCAGCUGGUUAUGGCCUCAACUUCACCUCACGUGAAGUCGGUGGCUCCUCCUUCAUCCAUGGCUUAAACCCCGGUGGUGCCACCAAUGCUGUUGGUUCUAAUUCUCUAAUUCUCCAAGAAAUGGUGAAGUCUUUAUCUUCUGGCGGUACAGUGCUUGACAGGACUUCGAUCCAUGAUGAGUUUGGUGGGGUUUUUAUGACUUCGAAGAAAUUAGAUGGGAGUUUCGGAGAAACACUCUCGAAAGCAACAGCCACCAAUGGCAGUAGGAAUUUUAAAACCGGCGACAGUGGCAGUGGCAGUGGCAGUGGCGGCCGCAGUGGUGGUGGAGAGCAUUUGACGAGAGACUUCUUAGGUCUAAGAGCGUUCUCUCACGGGGAUAUACUUAAUAUUGCUGGUCUUGAUAACUGCAUGAACACUUCCCAUGAGCAGCACAAUCAGAAACCAUGGCAAGGUUAGGUGAUAGAUAUAUAUAUAUUAAAUUAAAUUCUAUAUUUCCCACUUUUUUUUUCUUGUUUUCUUAAUUUUCUAUAAUCUUUCCAAAGGGAAAGGACCUGUGAAAAAUUGAUACUGAUUAUAUAAUUCAGUCCCUUAUGGAACUACUUUUACAAAUCUUGAUCUUUUCGAAAAUUUUAUAUUUCUUGAUCAUGUAUGGUUCCAUGCAUAUAUAAUAAGAAAGUGUUGAAGGC